AUGGAUCCAAACACACCUGCAGAAUUUUCUCAUGAGUCUUCAAACUUUCAUACAUAUUACUCGCAGACCAAGAAGGGUGGUGGUGGUGGCGUAAUCGAUCUAGGCCUCAGCCUUAGUACCAUUCAACAUGAAACUUACCACCCAUCGAGUCAAAUGAUAGGUCUAGACGGGUAUGGUGAGCUUAUAGACUGGUCGCAACGCAGCUAUACACAGCUGAAGAGUGAGGAACCGGUAAACCAAAGACUUGAUCAACAAUAUUACAAUGAUGGAGAAGAGGGCAGAGGAAAAUUGGCUUACUAUGUGAAGGUAAACAUGGAUGGCUCAGUCGUAGGCCGCAAGGUUCGCAUUCUUGAUCAAGGAACCUACUCAACUCUUGCUCUUCAGCUUGACAAUAUGUUCGGUAUGCAGACCGUGUCGGGAUUAAAGUUGUUCCAGGAUGACUCUGAGUUCUCUUUGGUUUACAGAGACAGAGAAGGUAUCUGGAGGAAUGUUGGUGAUGUUCCAUGGAAGCAGUUUGUUGUAACUGUGAAUCGGAUGAGAAUCGCAAGAAGGAACAAUGCUCUUCUUCCCUACUAA